GAGCGUGUGCGGUGCUGUGCUAUUUCAAGUGUGGUUGUUAUAAAGUGCAGUGCCAACGAUCUGUUGGAAUUCGGACGCGAUUUCAAGUGCUAAGCCUAUUUCACUUUCAUCGGUCGAAAUACACGCACACAUACCGGUGGAGGAGGUGAAGGAAGGAACCGGGGAGGCCAACCUGCUGCCAUGUGGGAGUGUGGGGCUGCUGUUGCCCAUUUAAUAGGCUGGGCAGGUGGGGGUGGCUGACAUAUAGGGGGCCAUGGGCGAUACGGCGGCUGUCACCCACAGCCCCGCACGGGAAGAGGCAGACGGGGCUGCCGACGUCCCCGGCCGGCCGCCCCACGAGCAUUACAAGGGGCCCCCUCACCAGAUUAUGUUGGAUCCCAGCAUGGCAAAGAGCGAGAAGAGCAAGUCAAACGAAGAUGGAGAAGAUGACAUGGAGAGAUGCCUUCGCUGGGCUCAAGACCUUUCCCAUCUACUAUGUGAUAAAGAAGGAGUUCAGCUGUUCGAGACUUUCCUGGAUCAUGAAAGUGGUCAAAGAGGCAGCCUUUCAUUUCUGCAUGCAUGCAAUGGUCUGCGCUCAUGCGAGGAUCCUCACAUCAAGCAUUAUAUGAAUAUCAUCUACCGGACCUACAUCCGUUCCAACAUGGUGAAACUGUCAGCUGCUGCUUUGGCUGAGGUGACAGAAAAAAUGAAAGCUGGCGAACCAGAUGCAUUCGACCGAGCAGUACAGGAAUAUGAAGCUGUUCUGCAACGAACAGCCUACCCACGCUUCCUUCAGUCUGACCUGUACGUGGAAACGGUGCAGCGCAUGCAAGCAUCUCGCAAUUCUUCACAUACCAGUGAAACGAGGUCAGCAGAUGAAGGUACCUCGUCACCACCUGUAGGGGAGCCUUCCUCCGAAGGAUUGGGUGCAGGAUGUUCAGGGGCAUUGCAGCAGAGUUUGGAGAUUAUGCCAACUGUUCUGGAAGAAGAGGAAGAUGCACACCCACCGAGAAACCCUCCACCAAUAGCCUCCCUCACUGAGCAUAAUGUCCGCAGUCUCUACCGCUGUACUGACGUUCUUCCUCGUCUUGCUCCGAGAUCCAGAAGCAGCAUUCCUGUGCCAAAUCCAUACCACGUGCGGAACUCGUACUUUGUCCCACCGUCGGCGCAGGAUAGCGAGCGGCACAGCAUGUCCUCGGGAGCCUAUACGGAUGAUGCCAACACUGAUGUAGACAGCGUUCCACCCUUCAAGGAGAAGACUUCACACCGCUGCAGUAACAGCCAGAGUGCUGCCAUUCGCAAGAAUGCCAGCUUAAACAGGGACUCACAAGGGGAGCAUGUCAUUAUACCACGCACACAGCUGGAACAUCCGUACAGCCUGGCAGAAAAGAACCCGCCACUGUUUGCAAAUGUCCUCACUGAGAAGUUGCGGGUAGUGAAGAAGCAAGUGGAUGCUGGUGAGAAGAUGGAACGUUUCCACAAGUCUCAAAUGGAGGACUUUCCAGGCACCCCACGACCUCUGCCUCCUCUGGUUGGUUGUGGUGCGCCUACAGCUGCUGUGGCGUCUGCAAUGGAACAGCCUACUCUUUGUGACCGUCUCCUAGCAGUGGAGGAGUCCAGCUCCCAGAGUAUCCUAGAUAACCAUGUGUCAAGGGUGUUCGACUCUCCACAGUGGAAGACACCGCCUCGUUCCACGUCGCCUAAGAGGCGAGGUGCAUCUCUGCCAUCACCUUAUGCUGUGUUGGGACACAACCUCUGGCAUAGAAAGGACCGGGAUGCGUGUUCCAGUGACAGUGGUGCAGUUCGUGAUUAUUCGCCUGAAGAAGAGCUUGUGAGAGCUGGUCAUUGUGGACGUCAGACAGGGCUUGGUGCUGCUGUGCGGCAUCACAGGGGCCUCUCCGACAGUGGCGUAGACAGUGGCACCAGUGCCAUCUAUGAGCCUCUACCCUGCACCAUGGCGGGCCAGGAAAGAGUGAACAACUGGAUUUGCAGUAACAAAAUGCCAGGUGCAUAUCCAUUGCACACAGAUCCAGAAAAAGAGUCCCGGAGUCACAAGAAAUCUGUCUCAUCUGGCACCACGUCCCGAUCCAAGCAGAACCCAACCAGCGGUGUCCGGAGAAGAAUGUCCUCUUCUCAAGGAGCUCCUCAGUGGGGUCCCCAAGAAAUGCCAAUUCCUUCUGUUCCUACACGUUGUCCUGACACCAUGACCCAACUGGUUGAGGCAAGGCGGAGAUUGGAGGUGACCUAUCCCACAGCCGUACAAGUGCAGCAACAGCUAUCCAAAGCCAAGAAAUGCAGCAAGAAUCGACUGCCAGCAACAGCAGUUAGCCCGCAAACAUCAACCACAGGAGAUGUUACAAUCAUUGGAUACUGCUAUCAAGGAGAGACUGUUCCAUACAGAAGGAAAGUGCCUGGCAAAGACAUUACUUUGCGCCAGUUCAAGGCCUUGUUGGGCAAAAAGGGAAAUUACAGGUAUUUCUUCAAGCGGUCGUGCCAGGAAUUUGGAACAGAUGUAGUGAGCGAAGAGAUCUCCGAUGACAACGAAGUGCUGCCACUUUGGGAGGGCAAAAUCUUUGCUACCAUCGAACCCAUUGAAUGACGGUUUCCUUUGUGUGCCUACAGAGACCUUAGUCGGACGAGCUAAGUUAUUUGCAGCGUGUUUACGCCGGAGGACUCCUUUUUUAAGGAAGAGGAAUGUUUGCAGUUGGUGACUUGGUUGUGGGGGAGUUGUGACCGUUAGUGCCUCAGAUAAGCAUUUGCAUCGCACCAAAGACUUGAGCAACCAUUUUAGUACACUUAGUUAACUUUUGUUCACAUGCUUUUAUGUGUAUGUAUGGAUGUGGGUGCUGUGUUUGAAUGGCAGUUUGCAAUACCAACAUUGAAGAGUGCCUGCAUUGAAAGCAAGUUAUGCAGGUGUGUACCAAGAAAGAUUAAUCGUCGUGCAGUCAUUCAUUUUAUUUGCUUUAAGUGACACAAUGAUGGUGUAUAGACAACAGGGGUUGACUGUGCUGGGAAAAACCUUGAAGAUUCUUAGCAAUACUUCCUUUUUCUGUAAAGUAUACUCCCUAAAGUGCAACCAGGAUAUUUGGAAUCAAAAUCAUCACUGGUUUUAUUAUGAAUUGCCAACCAAAGAUAAAAAAAUAUGCUACAGAUAUCCUUUUCAGGUAUCACAAAUUGAAUAGGAUAGGGCAUGUCACUUGUUAGAUGCAAGAAAGUGUCUUGGUGCCAGUGAAAUCCAGUCUCACGUGUGCACAGAUCAUGUCACCUGCUAUUCCUCAAACUCUGUUUUCGUAUCAUAGUCCCUACAGAGCACAUUCUUAGAAAAAGGAAAAAUUAUAUUGCUAGCACAUUUCAGGUACAAGUGCAAAGCGUGAGACAUAGUUCUGGUGUGAAGCUGUGCUGAGAAACAUUGAUAUACACUCUCUGUUUGAAAAAAAAUUUCCUGUUUCCCCUUUACUGUCAUCUUUUGUUGUAAACUGGUUUGGAAAUGUUGUUUUACUCAAACUGUUUGCAGUGAAGUGAAGUGACAAAAAAAAAAAAAAAAGCAACGAUGGCCUUAUAGAUCCUUUGCCAUAGCAUACUGACCACUCAAGUGACCUUAGAAACAAUGAACAAGCAAACUCAAUGUGUCCAUUGGGAUUGCUGGUGCUGUGACAACUAGGUGCUUUUGAAAUGUUGAGGAAUUGCCUUUAUUUUGUAUAAACAUGACAAGCUGGUUGAAUAUCAUGGCAGAAAAUUAUUUCUUGUUUUCUUUGCAUUUGAAGAGGUGCCACACAAUUCUUACUACUACCAGUCCUCAAUUCCAGAAUAGAACUUAAGUGUAAAAGGCACUUCAACAUCUAUGUGACAUUGUGAAAACCUUGGCAUGUCUCACGUUACCCUACAACAUCGAACUGGUCCUGGUUGGUGAGAAUUGGGUUGUAGUGUGUCACUGGCUAUACCUCAUGUGUUUUUAUGCCCAGUGCAUUCACUUGUGCUACGAUGUCAGAUUGUGGCAUUGUUAUACUGUGACGACAAAUUCCAUACAUUCAGGGAACUACCAUAGCUUAAUUAUAUGGCAUGCACAUGAUAUAUUCAACUCUGGAGUAGAGGCAGAAGCAUCAUGCAUAUGGUUCCAGAUGGAUCUGGAGCAGCAUUAUGUUACGAGUGUAGUUUUCAUAGUAUGGAAGCUAUAAAGAAACUCAUCUGCCCAGUACACUUACGCUUGAAUUAUAUGCUUAACUGAAUAAUUCCACGAACAAUCAAAGCUAAUUUUCGAGCUUCCAGCAAAUUUAGGCUAAAAUUCAAAGAUCACAAGAAUACCUGAGUGCUUUACAGCCAUGGCAACAUUGGUGUUCUACAUCUUGUGCCUUGUUAUGUGAUGCAAUCUAUUUAAUGCCUCUGCCAUUCUUAUGAUUCUCUUGAUGCUGCUGGUGCAUUUCUUCAGUUCUUGGUUUUAAGCAUUAAACUGUAGGUGGGUACAAAUUUGUGCUAGUAUGCUGGCAUCUACAUGUUUACUUGUUUUCUUUUUUGUCUGUAAUGGUGUAGUUUGUAAAUUUGAUAUCCAUCUGUGCCAAGGUGCACAGUAGUGGCAGCUGACAUUUUAAGCCAGGCAUCCUGAGUAACACUUGUAAACUAGUUUGUAUGCAUUUCUUUGUGGAGGUGUAACAUAAGUCUUCCUGUAAAUAAAAUUCCACUGUUACAGGUUUUUAUUGCAA